UAGUGCAUGCAAACGAUAUACAAAGUCAAAUUUAGGAGAAAAAUGGUGCAUUCCGUUAAAACCGUGAAGAAAUCACAGACAUAUUAGUUUAAAAUAGUGAAAGAAACAAAUAAUGGUGAGAAUAAAGAAGUUGUAACUGAGGGAACAGCACUAAAGUAAAGAUAUAUAUAAAUAAAUAAAUAAAAAAUAAAAAAACUUCCCUUCUCACGCCUUCACUUAGACUGCAAAAAGGAGAGCCAAAAGAAAAUCUUAAACACUUCCAACACAAAAUUUAGAGAGACUUCAUAUGCAGUUUCGUCACUGAUCGUGUAUUGUGCUGAUUGUCUCCCACAACCUCGCUUAUAAAUUCUCUUUCAUACCCUUCAUUUCCUUGGCUACUCUCUCUCUAUACAUCUCUCUCUCUCUCUCUCUCUCUUCCUUCUAUAAACAUAGCCUCAGAAAAAUAUGGGAUCACCACCUUAUACCUUGCUCAAACAAAACAACUAUAUGAUCCUCAUAAUUCACAUCAUCAUCAUCUUGAGCUGUAUCAUCAACAAAAAUAACCUUUGUUCUAAUCAUUUCUUUGCCACCUCAACUUUCUUCCCUCAUUCAGGGCCCUUGAUUACCCCUUCACUGAAAGCACUAAAACUUGAGGGCCAUCUUAGCUUCAACAACAUUCACCAUGCAGCCAAGGAUUUUGGCAACCGGUACCAUUUCCUCCCAUCAGCAGUUUUAUAUCCAAAAUCUGUUUCUGAUAUUUCCUCCACAAUAAAGCAUAUUUUCGAAAUGGGUAUUACCUCAGAGCUCACUGUUGCCGCUAGAGGCCAUGGUCACUCUCUUGAAGGUCAAGCACAAACCCAUCGAGGAGUGGUUAUCAAUAUGGAAUCACUGCAGGGAUCAGAAAUGCACUUUUUCACUGGGGAGCUGCCUUAUGUGGAUGUUUCUGGUGGUGAUCUCUGGAUAACUAUUCUGCACGAGUGUCUUCGGCAUGGACUUACGCCAAAAUCUUGGACAGAUUACCUCCAUCUCACCGUUGGUGGCACUUUAUCAAAUGCUGGAAUUAGUGGGCAAGCAUUCCGGCAUGGACCCCAGAUUAAUAACGUCUACCAGCUAGAGGUUGUCACAGGAAAGGGAGAGGUGGUUACCUGUUCAGAGAAUCAAAAUGCUGACCUGUUUUAUGGUGUUCUUGGAGGGCUGGGACAGUUCGGUGUCAUAACCCGUGCUAGAAUUGCUCUCGAACCAGCACCCAGAAUGGUGAAAUGGAUUAGAGUCCUUUAUUCGGAUUUUUCAACAUUUUCCAAGGACCAAGAGUACUUAAUAUCAUCAGAGAACUCUUUCGAUUAUAUAGAGGGAUUCGUCAUAAUUAACAGAACUGGUCUCCUUGAUAACUGGAGAUCCUCAUUCAAUCCUCGAGACCCACUUCAAGCCAGUCAGUUUGCAUCGGAUCAGAGGACUCUCUUCUGUCUAGAAAUCGCCAAUUACUUCAACCCAGAUGAGACUGAUAUAAUGAACCAGAAAAUUGACAGAUUGUUGUCAGAAUUAAGUUAUAUUCAAUCCACACUCUUCCUUUCAGACGUCUCAUAUGUGGAAUUCCUUGAUAGAGUGCACACGUCCGAGUUAAAACUCCGAGAAAAAGGAUUGUGGGAGAUUCCCCACCCAUGGCUAAAUCUUCUUAUUCCGAAAAGCAGAAUUCAUGACUUUGCUGAAGUAGUUUUCGGACACAUUGUUACAGACACUAGAAAUGGUCGUAUACUGAUCUACCCAGUAAACAAAUCUAAGUGGAACAACAGAACAUCUAUGGUUACUCCAGAAGAUGAUGUUAUCUACCUAGUGGCAUUCCUAUCCUCAGCAAAGCCAUCUUCCCCAGGAACAGAUAGUCUAGAACACAUUUUAACCCAAAACAAAAGAAUUCUAGAUUUCUGCGAAACGGCUCGUCUAGGGAUGAAGCAAUAUCUGGCCCAUUACAACACUCAGGAAGAGUGGAAAGCUCACUACGGCCCUCAAUGGGAAGUUUUUGCAAGGAGGAAAUCCACCUAUGACCCUUUGGCAAUCCUAGCUCCCGGCCAAAGGAUCUUCCAAAAAGCAACUGCAUUUUCAUCAUAAUGGCCUUCUAGUAUAAGCCAUACAGAAUUCCAAUGCACGUAAAGAAAAAGCCAUAGUGCAUGAAAACUGUAUUUAAUAAACUGUAUAUAUCAAUAAUAUAAAUUUUGCAA